GUGACUAGGGCGGUUCUAGGGGCGGAGUCCCGAGGUUCCCUGACCAAUGACAGAGGGCGGCGUGGCCCCGACCGAGGCGUGGUGGCGGCGCGUGCGCAGUGGUGGCGGCGGCGGCGGCGCUGAUCAGGACUCCGGGGGCGCGGUGAGGAGGGUCAUGCAGCUGAGCUGGCUUCUGGUCUUCCUGUCCCUCUGCCUGGGUGUCCUGCCCACCAGGGCAGGGGAGGGGAAGCGAAAGCUGCAGAUUGGAGUCAAAAAACGGGUGGACCAUUGCCCGCUCAAGUCCCGCAAGGGGGACGUGCUCCACAUCCACUACACUGGGAGGCUGGAGGAUGGCACCGAGUUUGACAGCAGCCUCCAUCGAGACCAGCCUUUUGUCUUCUCCUUGGGGACAGGCCAGGUCAUCAAGGGCUGGGACCAGGGGCUCCUCGGGAUGUGUGAGGGGGAGAAGCGGAAGCUGGUGAUCCCCUCAGAGCUGGGAUAUGGGGAUCGAGGGGCUCCCCCGAAGAUUCCAGGUAGAGCCACAUUGGUGUUUGAGGUGGAGCUGCUGAAGAUCGAGCGGAGACCCGAACUCUAGCAGAGGGGCCGGGGAGGGGGAGGGGAGGGGGGUGGGGGGAGUCAGGAAGUCCUUCUCUCAGGGGACCAUUCUUUGUUUAAAAAAAGUGAAAUAAAAAAAAGCCAAAGG